GCUCCUCCGUGAUGUCUCUGUCCCCUAGGGGACCCUCCCUUCCUUCCUUCCUUCCCUCCCUUUCCCCUGUUCUUCCAGGCUCAGUUUUCACCCGCGUGCCUCUGCCCUGCUCUCUCCAGGCAGCUGCAGGCUUCCCCCUGCCCGGAGGCGACAGAGACCUGCUCGGAGCUCUCUUCUGUAGAGGAAGACUCUGCUCCACGGAGAAGGAAAUCCCCGGGUGAUUCUGCGCCUAGAGGAGCCGACCCAUGCCCUGCCUCUGCCUUCCUGCUCUUAAGCACCACCGGGCCGGCCGUGCCCUCCCUCCAGCAUCGUCAAGGCUGCCGGCAGCACAGAUGCACCCCUGACCUGCAUUGGGGCUCCCUGCCAGGCUGCAAAAUUCCCCCCACGCCGGCCGGGCGUCUGUUGUGGGGGCAUGAGCAUGAAGCCCAGGGCAGGCCUCGGCUCCCUCCUGCUCUCCCUGUGCUUCUCAGGACUUCCCCUGCUACCAGGCUGCCUGGGGGCCCAGGGGAGAUUGGCCUACAAGCUGCUCAACGACCUGUUCGCCAACUACUCCAGCGCCCUGCGGCCCGUGGAGGACACGGACCGGGCUUUGAAUGUCACCCUGCAGAUCACGCUCUCCCAGAUCAUCGACAUGGAUGAGAGGAACCAGGUCCUGACGUCUUACCUGUGGAUCCGGCAGGUGUGGGUGGACGCUUACCUGACCUGGAGCAAGGACGAUUACGAUGGGAUCGAUAUCAUCCACAUCCCCAGCAGCUACGUGUGGCGCCCCGACAUCGUCCUCUACAAUAAUGCCGACGACCAGUUCACAGACUCCAUGGAGACCAACGUGGUGAUCCGCCACGACGGGCGGGUGAUGUGGGACUCGCCAGCCAUCACCAAGAGUUCAUGCAAGGUGGAUGUGUCCUACUUCCCCUUCGACGGGCAGCAGUGCCGCCUCACUUUUGGCUCCUGGACCUACAACGGGAACCAGAUCGACCUGCGCAAUGGGCUGGAUACGGGAGACCUCACUGACUUCGUGGAGAACGUGGAGUGGCAGGUGCUGGGCAUGCCGGCCCGGCGCAAUGUGGUCACCUAUGGCUGCUGCUCGGAGCCCUACCCCGAUGUCACCUACACGCUCAUCCUCCAGCGCCGCGCCUCCUUCUACAUCUUCAACCUGCUGCUGCCUUGCAUCAUGAUCUCCUUCCUGGCCCCGCUGGGCUUCUACCUCCCGGCCGACUCUGGGGAGAAGGUGUCCCUGGGUGUGACCGUCCUGCUGGCCCUCACUGUCUUCCAGCUGCUGGUGGCGGAGAGCAUGCCGCCCUCUGAGAACGUGCCCCUCAUUGGGAAGUAUUACAUCGCCACCAUGACCAUGAUCACGGCCUCCACCGCGCUGACCAUCUUCAUCAUGAACAUCCACCACUGCGGCCCGGGGGCCCGGCCCGUGCCCCGCUGGGCUCGGAAGCUCAUCCUGCACUACAUGGCCCGCGCUUUCUUCGUCUACGAGGUGGGCGAGAGCUGCAAGAGCCCGGCGCGGGAGCCCGACGCCCUGCCCAGGGUGCAGGUGGGGAACAGCCGGGACGGGGCCCCGCGGUCCGAGCCUAGCGGCCCCUCGGGCUGGCAGGAGAUGGGCAAGUACGCGAACUUGGAGAAGGGUGGCAGGGCGGAGGGGCCUGUGCCACGGUGCCUGUGCCACCAGGACAGCUUGCUGCGCAACGUGGAGUACAUUGCCAACUGCUUUCGGGACCAGAAGGCCUCUCAGCGGCGGGCUGGGGAGUGGAAAAAAGUGGCGAAGGUGAUGGACCGCUUCUUCAUGUGGGUCUUCUUCCUCAUGGUCUUCUUCAUGAGCGUGCUCAUCAUGGGGAAAGCGGCCUGAAGGGCCCUUUCAGCACCGAGGGCUGCUGCCCUGCCUUGUCAACCCACCCCCUUGCAAACCUUGCGCUCUUUUUGCCCGGCGGAGACUGAUCCUCAGGAGGACUGUGGACCCGGUGCCCCCCCCCCCCCCAACCCCUGCCAUGAGCAGUGUUUCUUGGGUAGGUGCUGGCUGUCAGGACUCCUGCGUUCUCUCCCUGGUGCCGGGAGAAGAGCGGAGGCUAGUGGUGAGAGCAGGGGAGGAGGUGCACCAGGUCUCGGCUCUGGGAGUGGGGCCCGAGAGACUUGGAGAAGAGACCUUACCUACCCGCUGGGGGUGUCGAGCAGCAGGCAGGGCAGAGCCGCACCUUGUAGACAGGUGGAGGCAGUGAUGCCGAAGCUUUUGCAAGCAGGUCCUGUCCCCAGAUGCUGUGCAAGGCCAAGUCAAGUCCCAGGUGUCUGCAGAAGCCCCUGAGGGCAAAGCUGUGUACCUGCUCAUGGGUACCCCCAUUCCUCUCUGGAUGGGGAGUGCCCAGCUCUGGUUUGGGUACCAGGGCUGAGCCUGAGAUCCCACAGCAUUGUCCUGCACCUGGGGCAGCUACUGGGGAACAAGGCACCAAAAUAAAUCCCCUGGAAGCUCCAUGCAGGGCCCCAUGGGGGUUUGCAACCCAAACCAAGUAAGCAUCUUGCAAAUGCUUCCAGGCUUAG